AUGAGCACUGAGACAAAUCAAACAAAAAUGGUGAUUACAAAUAAAGAUAAAGAAUUAUUUGAAGCUGUUCAACUUAUUUUUGGUUUAUAUCUUAUACCAAUUGUUUGUAUACCUGGAUUAAUUGGUAAUAUUCUAUGUAUUAUUGUAUUUAUUACGACUAGUAUGCAAAGAUUUCUUACAACACAAUUUCUUCUCUUUUUGGCAAUAUUAGAUACAAUUAAACUUUCAAAUGAUUUACUUUAUUCUAUUGUUCUUAUUAUUCAAGCAUUUGAUCAAGAGUUUGGAAAAAAAUUAUUUCUUAUACUUUAUCGAUAUUGUCAUUAUAUUAAUACUGUAUCAACAUUAUGUGCAGCAUGGCUGACAUUAUUUGUAGCUAUUGAAAGAUAUGUAUUAUGCAGUGCCAAUAGUCAGAAACGUCUUGCCGUUCAAAGAAAUUCUCGUGCUAUAUGUUAUUGCAUCAUUCUUUUUAGUCUUUUUCUUGGUUUACCUGUUUCAUUUCGUUAUGAAAUUGUUCCAUUUUCGACAAUCAAUCAAACUUUAAAUGACUCAGAUUCACCAAUACGUGUAUCAAAAUUUGGUAGUUCUCGAUUUUUUCGUGUUUAUUCAAUUGUAAUGGAUAUUAUUCGUGCAAUUAUUCCAUCAGUUUUACUUUUUUAUUUAAAUACACGUAUUGUUUAUUUACUUUGUCGAAUGAAAUCAUCAGCUGGUACAGCAUUUUAUCGUUUAACAAUUAGUCUUAUAAUUAUAAUUGGUUGUUUUAUUUGUUGUUAUUUUCCAGAUGCUCUCUUAUCACUUGUACUUAAUAUGGGUUAUAUUGAUGAAUCAUAUCAAAAACGAGCAAUAAGAGAAAUUAGUGAUUUUUUUAUUACACUUAAUUCAGCAAUUAAUUUUUUAGUUUAUUUUUCUAUAUCAUAUACGUUUCGACGAUCAAUUUUACGUUUAUUUGAACGAAAAACUAAAUCCUACUAUCCAACCACAUAUGCAGACAUUAUACAACGCCAACGCCAACAACAACAGCAGCAACAACAAGAACAGCAACAACCAUUGAAUAAUAUAGGAAACAUGGUAUAG